UCUUGGUUUUUGCAACAGAUUUUUGUUUUCCCCCACUUUUUGUCAUCAAUUGAAAAUGACCAUUAAAAAAUUCUCAAUCGAAUACGAUGCCAUCAACAGCAAAAACACCUUCACGAAUGGAGAUAUCAUUAAUGGAAGAAUUAUUGUGGAGGUGUCUGGUGAAACCAAAAUCCAAUCGCUGAUUUUUAGAGGACAAGGGAGAGCGAAGGUAUGCUGGAGUGAGCAUUACGGACAAGAUCAAACCCACGUUUACUGGGCUACUGAGAAAUAUUAUGACAUCAAACAAGAUAUCUUGAGAGAAUCAAGACACGAUGGCACUGAAGUCAUUGGAAAAGGAAGACACGUGUAUCCUUUUUCGUUCAGGAUUCCUGAUGGAAUACUGCCAUCAACCUAUAAAGGAGCCCAUGGAAAAAUUGUUCAUAAGGUGAAAGCAGAGCUGAAACAAUCAAUGAAGAUUACAAAAAAAACUAAGGCCCACUUCACUUUUGUGUCCAAGACACACAUGGGUAUUCCUGGACUUCUGGAACCUCAGUAUACUUGUAAGGAUAAAUCUGUUUUGGGCUCUGGAAAGGUUUCAGUAGAUGUUCAUACCACUCAGAUGGGAUACAUGCAAGGCGAAGCUCUCGUGGUCACAGUUGAAAUCAACAACAACUCGAGUCGCACAGUGAAGCCCAAAUUCAUACUGUAUCAGAAACACAGUUUCUUUGCCCAGGGCCACAGGACAGUUUACACACACGACAUCCUUAAGGAUAAGGCUGAGGCUGUUGAAGCAUCUUCUGGCAGAAAAACUGUGACCAAGGUGAUCACCAUCCCUGGAGACCUACCCCCCUCCAUCUUGAACAGCCACAUCAUCAACCUGGAGUACAGGCUGAAGGUCCAACUGAAUAUCAAAUGUUCUAUUGAUCCAAAGCUCAAACUUCCUAUAGUUAUCAUGCCUGCGGUGGUGAAACAACCACAUCCUUCUGCUGGCAUUGGAUUUGACACUUUUAGGAACCCAGAAAAAACAUCCUGGGGAACUACACCCCAGCAAACACCACCCCAGCAAACACCACCCCAACUUGCAGAUCUUCCACCUCCCUACGGAGCACAUGCGAUGUACCCCACUACCACUCUUGAUGAUUAUAAGACUGCACUUUGAAAAUCUCCCUUGAGAGAGAACAUUUAAGCCUUAAACACAGACUUGACACAAAUGAUUGAAUACAUUCAGAAAAGCAGACUGGUGUGCUGUUAAAGCUACCAAGCACCUAUUGUUUGUUCCUUCAUACCCCAAACUGUGAAGAUGACAUCAAUUGAGGCAAUAAAUCAGAAAAUGCUGGUUUUCAUAUUAGCAGUUGUUAUCUUCUAACUCCUAACAGAUUUUAAUUUACUUUCCUAUUUAAACUGUAAGAUUGUAUACAUUUAAUAUCUGUGUAAAUAAUAUAU